AUGGGUGUUGUCACUGUUGGUGAGUUGAAGCCUAGCAUUUCAGGAAAGAGGUCUUUUCGUCCAAGCUCAAGUAUAAGGCAUGCCAUGGAAUGGCCAAUCUCUGAUGUUUCUAGUGAUCUUACUGUCGAGAUAGGAGCAUCAAGCUUUGCACUUCACAAGUUUCCUCUAGUUUCUCGGAGUGGAAAGAUUCGGAAACUGUUGCUUGAAGCAAAAGAUUCAAAAGUGGCACGCGUAAUUCUUCCAUCCGUUCCUGGUGGAGCAGAGGCAUUUGAGCUAGCUGCAAAGUUCUGUUAUGGACAUAAUAUUGAGAUCACACAAGCAAAUGUUGCCUUUCUCCGCUGCACAGCUCACUUUCUUGAAAUGACGGAAGAGUAUGCUGAGAAGAACAUGGAAACAAGAACUGAAGCUUAUCUAAAGGAUAUGGUGUUCCCCAACAUAUCAAAAUCAAUAGCAGUUCUUCAUCGUUGCGAAACACUCUUGCCUGCAGCAGAAGAUAUCAACCUGGUUAGCAGGCUCAUCAAUGCAAUUGCAAACAAUGCGUGCAAGGAGCAGCUCACCUCUGGCUUACAGAAACUUGACCACAACUUUCCUUCAAAAGUAGCUUCUUUGGAACCUGAAACGCCCUCGGAUUGGUGGGGAAAAGCACUUUCAGUGCUUAGUCUUGACUUCUUCCAAAGGGUUUUAUCUGCAGUGAAAACCAAGGGUCUUAAACAGGAUAUGAUCAGCAAAAUUUUGAUAAAUUACUCCCACAACUCUCUACAAGGUCUUGUUGUAAGGGAUGCGCAAUUGGUCAAAGGAAGUCUACUGGAUCUAGAACUGCAAAGGAAACAAAGGGUCAUUGUUGAGGCUAUUGUUAGUUUACUACCAACACAAUCAAGGAAGAGUCCAGUGCCAAUGGCAUUUCUUUCGAGUUUGUUGAAAACUGCAAUUGCAGCAUCAGCAUCCACUUCAUGCAGAUCGGAUUUAGAGAGGCGGAUUGGUUUGCAGCUGGAUCAGGCAAUUCUUGAAGACAUCCUCAUUCCUACAAACUCACAGGGAAACAACCACAGCACAAUUUAUGAUGCUGAUACUAUAGUGAGGAUCUUCUCCAUAUUUUUGAACUUGGAUGAGGAUGAUGAAGAUGACACUAAUCUGUUAAGAGAUGAAAGUCAAAUGGUUUAUGAUUUCGACAGCCCUGGAUCUCCUAAACAAAGUUCAAUCUUGAAGGUCUCAAAGUUACUUGACAAUUAUCUGGCCGAAGUUGCAUUGGACUCAAACUUGUCACCAUCAAAGUUCACAGCUCUAGCAGAACUACUUCCAGACCAUGCACGCAUAGUAAGUGAUGGACUCUACAGAGCUGUGGAUAUCUUCCUCAAAGUUCACCCAAACAUGAAGGACUCUGAAAGGUACCGGCUUUGCAAAACCAUAGACUGCCAGAAACUAUCCCAAGAAGCCUGCAGUCAUGCAGCACAGAAUGAAAGGCUACCGGUGCAGAUGGCAGUUCAAGUCCUAUACUUUGAGCAAAUCAGGCUGAGGAAUGCAAUGAAUGGUGGCCACAACCAGUUCUUCUUUGGCGCAAUAAAUGGUACUCAGUUCCCUCAAAGAUCAGGCAGUGGUGCUGGCAGUGGAGCCAUUUCCCCUCGAGACAACUAUGCAUCAGUUCGGAGAGAGAAUCGAGAGCUCAAGCUUGAAGUAGCCAGGAUGAGAAUGAGGCUGACAGACUUGGAGAAAGAUCAUGUCUCUAUGAAGCAAGAGCUUGUUAAGACACAUCCUGCAAAUAAGUUGUUCAAAUCCUUCACCAAAAAAUUGGGGAAGAUCAAUGCAUUGUUUGGGAUUAAUAGUAUCAAGACCUUGGGGGGUAAAGCACAUUCAGAGAGCAGAUUCCCGUUUCAGAAGCGUAGGCGUCAUUCGGUUUCAUAA